CAACAGCAAGAACAGCAGCAGCAACAUGCUUUUCAAUGCAUGCCGGUGCACAAACACCAUUGGUGUCAAGGCUAUCACCGACUGAUCUGGAAUCAGAAGGUAGCAGAAGUCAGAGCAGGCCUUGCAAGAGGAAAGCUCCUUCUACUCAGUCAAGAGCUCCACAGGAUGAUUCUGAAAUUCCAGAGAAGCAAUCAAGGAUUGAUCUAGAGUCAGAGAGAAUACUUGAUACACUAUCAAAACACGUGCCUCGUAAGAAUUACAUAACGCUAUGCAGACAUAUUGACAUUGGAUACGAUGAAGCUAUCAACAUCCUAGGCAAAUUCAAAGAAGAUUGCGAGGGAGCUACGAGGGAUUGCUUGGCAAAGUGGAAGACAAGGACUGGUGGUAAUAUGGCCAAGCUUGAGGAAAUCUUACAGGAUGCAGAGGUUGGAGAUUUAGCGAAGUAUAUAAACCAGGGUUCCGCGGAUGACAGUCUGGAUGUACGUCCAAGGAAGAGGAAGAGAAAGACAAACCGAGAGACUUCACCUCCUUGAUCUACAGAUGAAGAUGAUUGAACAAGAGAGGACAAACAAUGAGCCAUGUUUCUGAGGAUGAUGUUCUGGAUGGACGUUCAAGAUCGAGAAAGAUUAGAAGAAGACAAGUCGUCAGACCCCACUUUCUUGAUGGCUUUCAAAUUUAUUCUUUGACGUGUGCCAUUUUAUCAUGUUCAUAGGUUAAGCUCUGGGAGAGGCCAAAAAUAAAUUCUGAGUCGUCUUCAUUCUUCUUUUGUUGGUGUGGAAGAAUACCACAAAAAGAAAUAUACCCUGAAAACAUGGCUCAGUAAAUGUUUUCGUAGUGGAUAUAUGACAAUUAAUUUCUGUAAUAUCUGGACCUAAUUUCAUACCAAAUGUUUGGGUAGUCAUAUCUGAGAUCAUUCUAUGUGGCUUUCAAGCAAGACUAAGUCAAACAUGUACUUAUUGAAAUGAUGACCCCAUAACCUCACAAUACACAGUUUUAUGCAACAUUACUUUUCUAAUCACUUGCAGUCAAUUCCGUUGACUAUUCAAUCUUAUGAUAAGAACCCAACUUUAUCUGUAAGCGAUUGAAGUAGGUUGACGCAUAUCAUUAUGUUACAGAAAGAGAAUGAAAUUAAAUAUUUGUGAUGUGUGAAAUAUCUAUACAAGAUAUCUAUAGUGCAAUAAACAAGUCU